UCUCCCUCCCCAGGCACUCGAGACUUUUUUCCCGAGGACAUGCGCCUCCGCAAUUGGCUGUUUGGGGAGUUCGCGGCCGUGAGCGCCGCCUUUGGCUUCGAGCAGUUUGACGCCCCCGUCUUGGAGAGCGAGGAGCUGUUUGUACGGAAGGCGGGGGAGGAAAUAACUGACCAGUUGUACAACUUUGAGGACAAAGGUCAGCGCCGUGUGGCUCUCCGCCCGGAGCUGACCCCCUCCCUGGCGCGACUGGUGCUGCAGCGCGGCAAGACACUGCCGCUGCCCGCCAAGUGGUUCGCCAUUGGACAGUGCUGGCGUUACGAGCGGAUGACCCGGGGUCGCAGGCGCGAGCACUACCAAUGGAAUAUGGAUAUCGUGGGGAUACCUGGCGUGGAGGCGGAGGCGGAGCUGCUGGCGGCCGUGGUGAUGUUCUUCGAGCGAGUGGGGCUCAGCUCGGAGGAGGUGGGGAUCAAGGUGUCGAGCAGGAAGGUGCUCCAGUCGGUGUUAUCUCGCUACGGGGUUCCCCCCGAGUCGUUCGCUCGGGUGUGUGUGAUCUUGGAUAAGCUGGACAAGCUGCCCAGGGAGAAGGUGGAGGAGGAGCUAGCUGCUCUGGGUGUGCCCGCGCCCACCAUUGACGGAAUGCUAUCAGCGCUGUCCUCCCUCACCUCCCUGGAUCAGUUGGGGGCCUUAUUGGGGUACGACAGUGAGGCCUACAACGACCUUAACCGCCUGUUUCAGUUGGCGGAAGGGUACGGUUACAAGGACUGGCUUGUGUUCGACCCCUCCGUCGUACGGGGGUUGGCCUACUACACGGGCAUUGUGUUCGAGGGCUUCGACCGGGCAGGCAAGCUGCGGGCCAUCUGCGGUGGCGGCCGGUACGACCGCCUGCUAGGUGCCUUUGGUGGGGACAACACGCCCAUGGCCGGGUUUGGUUUCGGAGACGCCGUCAUCGUGGAGCUGCUGAAGGAGCUGGGCAAGCUGCCGGCGCCGGCGCACCGGGUUGACGACGUGGUGGUCCCCCUGGACGCCUCCCUCCGUCCCGCCGCGUCGGGUAUCGCCACCCGUCUGCGGCGGUCGGCGGCCCGGAUUUUUCCAACCCCCCUACCCCCGGCCCCACUCACCCCUGUCCGCCACCCCUUUCCCAACCCCCACCACCCAAAGCAUGCUGAGAAGCUGGGCGCCAGUCGACUUGUGUUGGUGGGUGCUUCCGAAUGGGAGCGGGGCAAGGUGGUGGUCAAGGACUUGGCCAAGUUCCAGCAGGAGGAGGUGGCGGUGGAGGAGCUGGUGCGAGCGUGA